AUGAGUGAUUCGGGUGAUGAUAGUAAGCCAGACUUUGUUGAGGAAAAUGAUCCAAAUGAUGAGCAGCCUGAAGCGAAUGAGGACGAUUACGAUUCUAAGGAUGGUAAAGAUGGUGAUGAAAAGGACAAAGAAGAGACGACUGCUGAUAGUGAGGAUCAAAAGAAGGCUGGUGGUGGUGGUCGUGAUCAGGCGCGGAGGAAGCUGCAGGUGGUGGUGGUGGUCAAGGGGAUGCUGCGGCGGAGGAAGAAGCUGGUGGUUGUGGUGAUCCUGCAGAGAAGGCGGUUGUUGGGGAGGCUGAGCAUGGAGGUUAUCCAUGAUGAUUAA